AUGUCCAAAAGACGAUGGGUGGAAUUCAAAAUAUCUCAGACAAUAAGCUGCUCAGCUCCGGUCAGUCGGAGACCAAGACCCUCGUCGCCAACUGCUUCUGCCUCUGCUACAGCCACGGGAACAGCAGAGAUGGAAGACGAGGAGAGACAAAAGAAGCUAGAGGCCGGGAAAGCAAAGUUGGCUGAGUAUCGGCAGAGAAAAGCCCACGCAGACUCCCAGAAGAAACAGAAGAGGAGGAAGAAGAAGCCGGCGGAGGGUGACAUUUUGGGACGAACGGAUUUGAACCGAACGCUGGAGGGAGAAGAGCCGACCGUCCCGGGACACGAUGGAGCAGACAGGACCCUCCCGCCCACGACCGAGUUCUCCCUCAGCAAGACCCUGCGCAGUGGAGAGACGGUCAAACACGAUCAGACCUACACCAUAGAGCCCGAGAGUGAAGUGUCAACUACUGCAGAAGACUAUUCCUCUGAGGUCAAUGGGAGCCACGAGAUGACUCUGAACCUUACGCUGUCUUCAGAGGAGUUUAUUUGGGAGGAGGUGGAUGCGAUGGAGCAGGUGACGAGGGGCGAGUUGCUGCAGCAGAUGGAAGACUCUUUGGUAGAAAAGUCCCAAGAGGUGGAGGAGCUGAGCCGAGAGCUGGAGGAGCUGAGGGGGGCCUUCGGAGCAGACGGGGUGCAGCAGCUACAGGACUUUGAGGCGGCCUUGAAGCAGCGCGACGGCAUCAUAACUCAGCUGACGGCAAACCUGCAGCAGGCGCGGGAAGAGAAGGACGAGAUCAUGAAGGAGUUCCUGGAGCUGACGGAACAAAGCCAGAGACUGCAGAUCCAGUUUCAACAGCUCCAGGCCGGUGAGAAUCUGAGGAACAGCAGCCACAGCAGCACCGCGGCCGACCUGCUCCAGGCUCGACAGCAGCUCCAGCAGCUUCAGCAGCUCCAACAGCAGCUGCAGGAGCGAGAGGGCGUCCAGAGCAGAGAGGACACUCAGACCAUCACCCGUCUGCAGCAGAACAUCAUCAGCAUGGAGACGGAGAAGAGUCGAGUCGAGGAGUGCCUACACGAGAAAGACUUGCUGAUCGCGGAACAAGAAAAGACCAUUUUGAAUCAGGAACAAUCGUUGAAAGAGUUGAGAAUGUCCGAGGAGUCCUUUGCACAAACUCUAAAAGAGAAAACCCAAUUACUACUUGAAAAAAGUGCAAUAAUUUCCGAAAACGAGCAAUCACUGAAUCACCUCCGAGACGAACUGUCGCGGGUCGCAGCUGAGAGGAAUAUGCAACUGACAGAUGAAAGAGAACGGAUCAUCGCUGAAAAAGAUCGGGUCAUUAUUGAACGCGACUAUGCUAUUACUCAGCUGGAGGACGAGCUGGAGUCUUCACAGAAACGCCUUCAGGACUUCAGCCAGCGAAUGACCACCAAGGAAGUAGAGCUGGAGCGGUGUCUCGAAACAUUGGAGAACACCAAGUCAGAUCUAGAAAGCUGUGAAAACGAAUUGAAUAACUGCAAACUGGAGCUAGAAAAAGGAUGGCUAGAGUUGGAAAGCUGUAAGAACGAGUUGUCCCUUUCCAAAGAGAAGGAACGAAAGUCUUCCAACGAGAUCAUGCAGCUCAUGGGAACGGUGGAAGAUCUGCAGAAGUGCUGUCACCGGGGGAGUUUGUCAGAAAGCGAAACGAUUCAGAAAAUGCAAGAGGACGCGGAGAGGAAACUGGACGUGCUCAGGGCAGAGCUGGACGAGAUGUACGGCCAGCAGAUUGUGCAGAUGAAGACGGAGUUGAACUUGCAAAACGCUGCACGAACGGAGAAAAUAAACAAGCAACAUCAAGAAGAGAUCGCACUUCUCAAAACGCAAUAUUUAUCCGAGACUAUGUCCGUUAGCACUAGUGAAAUAGAGGCGCUGAAUGUUAAGAUUAGGCAGCUUCAAGAAACAAUUGAGCAAUCACAUGCGGUUCAUGAUAAAACUGUACAAGAGCUAAACAAAGUCAAUAAAGAAAAGCAAAACUUGCAGGAAAAGAUCGAUAGCCUCAAGCACGAUUUUACUUCUGCUCAAGAGCAAGUGGAGCUGGCCUCUGCUGUUUCUCAGGAAAGCCAUGAAAGCAAAUUGCAACUCCUUCAGGACACCGUAGACAAUCUGAAACAGCAACUCGAAAUGGCUCAGGAGAACGCGCACGAGACGCAGGAGAAGUACGAAUCGGAAAUGACCAACUACAAAAUUAAGCUCGAAAUGAUGGAACGCGAGAAGGAUGCGGUGCUAGAUCGGAUGGCGGAGUCGCAAGAAGCAGAGUUGGAAAGACUCAGGACGCAGCUUUUGUUCAGCCAUGAAGAGGAGCUCACAAAUCUAAGAGAGGACUUGCAAAGGGAGAGCUUCUUGAAUACUGAAAAUCUCCUCAACGAAGCAGCUAUCAAACAUGAAAAGUCGUUGGAAGAUGUGAGGAUAAGUUACGACGAAAAGGUGAAAUUGUUACAACAGGAAAAAGAAAAUGUUGCCACUGAACGGGAUGAACUUUUGCAUCAAAUUCUAGAGCUCAAAGAGGAUUUGAAUGUGGCUUUGCGUAGCUCCAAAGCAGAUGAAUUGGUGCAGCAGUUGCAUGAGUUACAGGCAGAGAUUGCGGAGCUAAGGAAAUUGGGAGAGGAGCGAGUGAGACUAGACAGUGAAGUAAGAAGUUUGCAAGAAAGUAUAGUAGCGACAGAAAACCAUACAAAAGAAAAUGAACAAAUGUGGAAUGACACACUGAAAGCUCGGCAGUCUGAAAUUGAAAUAUUGAACACGUCUAACAAAGCUUUGAAAGAAGAAUUUGAUUUGAAAAUUAGAGACAUACAGAGUAUCACGGAGGAGAAUCACCGAUGCCAGCAACAAGUGGCCGCGCUCACAGAGGAGAUGGCAAAGCAGCGAACUACUUUUUCUUUUGCAGAGAAAAACUUUGAAGUGGACUAUCAAGAAUUGAAGGACGAGUACACAUGUCUCGCUGAAGCAAAGAUUAAACUAGAACAGCAGAAGAUACAAGAGACACUGGAGCUGGAGGCAAAGAUCUGCAGCCUUGAAGCACAGAUUCAAAAGAUGGAGGACAGGGUCAGUGAAAUUAAAAUGGAUGAAAGGAAACCUGUGAUCGAAAAGGACACCACUGAGUUAAUGGAGAAGCUUAAUGUUACUUUAAUUGAGAAAGAGAGCUUGACUGGAAGGCUGCAGGAGGUCACAGAGCAACUCGCAAAAGCAGAGAGCCAAGUGCAUUGUUUGAAUGAAGAGCUGAUCAAAGUGAAGCAGGAAAACGCAAAGGUCAUCGCCCAAAAGGAAAACCUCGGCAAAGAGCUGGAGUUUGCCCACAAAACCGCUGUCACUAUUUCUAAUUCUGAGAGUCAGCAGCUUCGAGAGGAAAUACAGACUCUUCAGUCACUAUUACAAGCAGCACAAGAGGAGAGAGAUCAGAUUCGGCAAACACUGGACCUCAAAAGAGUGUCUCACACCCCGUCUCCAGCUCUGGGAGAGGGUACAUCCUCCACACGCAGGUCUUCCGCCUCCUCUGGGUCGAACAGGCGCAAGAGAAGACAGAGGAGCAAGCAAAACCAAAGCGGCGCGGCUCAGAGCAGCUGUAAAGAAGAGGAGAGAGAGCGGGAGGAGGAGGAGGUGGAGGGAGGAACAGCAGCGGAGGGAGCUACAAGUGCUGCAGAGCCCAACACGCAGACUACCGCUGUUAUGUCAUGCACACACGAGCCGCUCGCUAAGGAGGACGACUCGGAUGAGAGCCAGGGAGACGGAGCCGAGCGCAGCAGCAAACAGGUGACCAGAUAUGGGAUGAGCACUCAGCCUGGGACAUGUUACGGUGCAGAAGUGCUGCAGUCUGCAGACCAUGGAGAGUGCAGACUGCAGAUGAAGGCUCAACAGCUCAGUUUGUCUCAGAUUCACGCUGCACAACUGGAGCUGCUGCAGGACGAGACAGACGCACAAACCAAAUCAGUGGAAAUGAGACAUCAGAAAGAGCAGCAGAACCUGACUGCUCCAACGCUGUCCAAAUAUCAAAACAUGGUUGAAGCGGUGUCGGGAGAAUGCAGAGACAUCAUUUUGUCUCUUCAGAAAGUGUUCGGCGAGGACUUUUUAGAUGAAGCUGUAGUGGAAGAAUCUCGCCCUCUUUCCUCAAGAGCUGAAACGAGUGAAUCUUCAUCUGUUGUCCAAGUCGCCAGAGACUUAUUCAGAGAUCUGCAGCAGGUCAGGGACAGCAUCCAACAGGAGCACCGUCGACUUUCACAGCUUCAGACUCUGCUCAGAGCCGAUGGGAACAAGAUGAUGGAGCUGCAGUGUGCUUAUGAUAAUCUGAAGAGCAGCACCGACCAACAGAUGGCCGCCUCCAGCAGAGAUGUGGCCGAACAACAACGCUCUACGGCUUCAUCUACGGCUUCCUCUACGGCAUCCUCUACGGCUCAAACCGCUUCAGAAAUCCAAGCACUCAAAGUGGAAGCUCAGCAGAAACAGCAGCGUCUGGAACAGCGGCACACGGAGGAAGUGGAGCGACUCAGGGCCCACUACCAACAACAGGCGUCGGAGAGAGAGGAGCGGUACGCCACGGAGCUCUUCAUGCUACAACAGCGGCUGCAGGAGGGAGGCGCACCCAGCCACUUCAGUUCAACGAGUGAGUCCAGCAGUAUCGACAGACAACACCAAGAGCUCCAGGAGGGCGAAGGGGAGGACGGGGCAUGGACCACAGCCUCUCAGCUCCAGUCUCUGAAGAACGCUCUGCAGCAGAAGUAUGAGCAGGAAGUGGGGGCACUGAAGGAGCAGCACCGAGUCGAGCUGCAGAGGCUGACGGAGGAGACGGGACGAGGGGAAGAGGCCGGCGACUCUGCCCUGGAGCCACCAACCCAGGAGCGAGUGGUGGAGGAAGUGGCUAAGGCCAUAGUUCAGAUGUCGGUGGAGUUUGCGCAGAAGUCAGAACUGGCUCGUCUCAGCAAAGACUCGACUCAAACCAGUAGCUCCAUGCAGACCGAGGACCAGGAAGACCAGCAAGACCAGACGCCCAGAGCCUCAGUCACCGAGGACCAAGCAUCGGAGCGAGACCAGCUGCACAUCCAGGCUCAAGUGCGAGACUCCGAGAUACAAGAUCUACGCGACCAACUCCAGAGAGCAGAAAAGGCCCUCAGUCAGGUCGGUGCUCUGAAGCAGCCCGAAGAUGAAAGAGAAGUUGUGGAGGAGGCGCUGGUCUCAUCUGCAGCCAAAACAACGCACGCGCCAAGAUCUCAGUCACCGGAGAGCGCAGAGGACGCAGAGGACGCAGAAAGGUCCAUGUUGCUCAGAGCCAACGAGCAGCUGAGUCAGGUGCUUGUGGACGUGUUGACGACGACAUCUGCGGCGGAGAAGACUCUGAGCCUCCAUCUUCAGACUCUGAGGAUGACGACUAGUGCAGAAAGAGCACAACCUUCUCCAGGAGAUCGCUCCGGUUGUGAGUCAGGGGCAGACGACGAACCCUUUCCGUUUGUGCCAGUGGAAGUAGAGGAGGACCUGGAGAUGUUUCAGCACAUGGGGCAGCUGCUGCAGGGGGCCACCUCACAGCUGGAUAACCAGGACUAUGUCACCAGCAUCAGCACCCGCCUCCAGAACGCACUCGAGAAGAUGCUGAUGGCCAUAACUAACGCCACUGACCAGCUGGAGCAUGCGAAGCUGACGCAGACGGAGCUGAUGCGGGAGUCGUUCAGACACAACCAGGAGAUGAGUGACCUGCUGCAGCGGCAGGACGAGCUGCAGGAGCGGCUCUCCGAGGAGGCGCGAGCACGAGAACAACUGGCUCUGGAGCUGCACCGAGCAGAGGGUCAGUCCCACAGCACCACCUCCACCUGCACCACCUCCACCAGCACCUCCUCCACCAGCACCUCCUCCACCAGCACCUCCUCCUUCACAUGCACAUCAUUCACCACCUUUUCAUAUGCACCACCUCCACCUGCAUAA